AGAAUGUUUAUCGCGGGGUUUUCAAUCAGUAUAUAUACAGGUUAGUUUCUGAUUUGAGACAUACGACGACUUCCUACAGCAUCAGGAGAGACAGAAAAAGUUCAGAAGAAAUGUCUGGCCAGGGAAUUGUGGUGAUAGACUUGGGCACUGGGAGUGUCAAGGCAGGUCUGAAGGGUGAUAGCAGUCCCACGUGUGUACUGACAGCAAAACAACAAAAGGGUGUCCUUAAUGGCGGGUAUCCUGUCGAAAAGGGACUUGUGACAAACUGGGAAGGCGCCGAACAACUUCUCCGCAAUACAUUUACAGCACUGGGUGUCAAGCCAGAAGAGUAUACCAUUCUCUUAUGUCAGCCUAUGACAAAUACGGAACUUAACAAACAGAAAAUUGUCCAGGUCCUGUUUGAGAGGUUCAACGUGCCAGCUGUUUUCUUAGCCUACACCAACGUCUUGUCCCUGUAUUGUACGGGGAAGCUGAAUGGGGUUGUGAUGGAGUCCGGAGCAGGGGUAUCGAAUUGUGUGGCCAUUUACCAAGGAUACGCAAUGCUUGACUCUGUCGUGUCAAGUGACUUGACCGGUAACCAACUCACAGCCUUUGUCGCACAAAAACUGAAUCAUCCCGGAAUUGAUUUUGAAACUGUUGACGAAAUCAAAAAGAACACGUGUAGCUUGGGCCCCUCUGCUGAAGUCAAGAGUUAUACACUUCCUGACGGAAGUUCUAUCGCUGUAAACCAAGAUGCACAAAGGGCACCAGAGAUCUUAUUAGAUCCCACCAUAGCUAACUUGGACACGAGAAGUAUUCCACAAACCAUAGUAGACUGCAUCGAGAAGGUCCGCGCAAAGCACGGAGAGGAUCGUGCCAGAGAACUGUAUGGCAAUAUCAUAUUGUCUGGAGAAAAUUUUCUUUUCAGCGGAAUAGCUGACCGUGUGCAGGACGAAAUAAAAUCUAAGAUGGCUGGAGUCAGUGGAAUAAGCGUGACGAAAGCAGCUCCGUGCUCAGCAUGGAUUGCGGGAUCUAUCCUCGCCUCGCAUGAAACGUUCGAUGGACUUCUUUUAACAAAGGCUCUGUACGAAGAGAAGGGAAUACAAAGUAUUGAAGGCAAAUUCUAAUUUUGGCCGUCACUGCCAGAAGACUACUUCAGACUUUGUAAUAAAGUAACUACAGAAAAUAUGUGUAAGAUUGCUUUUGAUAACGAUUAUGAACUGAUACCCUGUCAUCGAUCAAUUGUUUAAAUAUUAAUCAUAGUUUAUCAAUACUUUAUCACCGAUCAUAUCAUCUAAAAAUUAACGUUUUAAACGCAAUCAUAAUGCAUUCUUUGACCCUCUACCAGUGUCGUUUAUUAUAC